AUGCUCCUCUCAGAAGCUCUGAUGAAUCGCACCCUUCUGCAUGGAAUUCGGGUGAUCGAAUUGGCCGGACUCGCUCCUGUGCCACACUGUGGAAUGGUGUUGGCUGAUUUUGGGGCCAGUGUCACCGUCAUAGAAAAGCCUAUUCGUGAUGAUGACAUGCCAGUAGAACAGCGUAUGGCAGAGAGGAAAACACUGCAAGGACUGGAUCUGAAAUCACCACAGGACGUGGAGAAACUGAAACAACUUUGUCGAACCAGUGAUGUGCUUCUCGAUCCCUAUCGUCCAGGUGUUCUGGAACAAAUGGGUCUUGAUCCAGUCAAGUUACUCGAAGAGAACAAAGGAUUGGUAGUCUGCCGCCUAACCGGCUACGGUCAGACUGGUCCAUUAGCUCAAGAGGCUGGACAUGACAUCAACUACGUUUCAAUUACUGGUACCCAGUUUCACUUCUACGCUCAACAUCAUGUUUUCUUGAGUGCUUUCUCAUCUCUAGGCUUGCUACCUACAACAUCCGGUCACAGCUGCAAUCGACCUUGGCCUCCGGCCAACUUACUCGCUGACUUUGCUGGUGGAGGACUGACUGCUGCUUUUGGUAUUGUGGCGGCCCUAUUCAGAAGAGAGAAGAACGGUGGCAACGGUUGUAUCAUUGAUUGUUCAAUGUCCGAAGGUUUAUCGUAUUUGGCAUCAUUCAUUCGGCGUUAUCACGAUAUUGAACACUUGUGGACUCUACCCUAUGCAGCAUUCUCCGGAGAUUGUCCAAUAUAUAGAACCUACAAACCGAAGAUGGUGAUGGAUGUUGCGUAG